CACAUUUGUCAUGGAGGGGCUAACACCUCAAUGUAAGGGUGGGGUCAUCUGGACCCCAUAAGAGAGCACGAGGGUUAAAGACAAGUUGAUGCUCCUAUCCUGAUGAAAUUUAACAAGUAUGACAGUCUGCUAAUGCUCAUAAAAUAUAGUUUUUUAUUUUUUAUUUUUUAUAAUCCUAAAAAUGAUUAAAUUGUUGGUGCGCUUUGUCAUACGUUUCUCAGCUUUUUGAAGUCCCCAAAUGGUUGUUUCUUUAUCCGUUUCAUUUCCAGAGACACACUCCCUGACCUACAUCUACACGGCCUUCUCCAAAUCUGUGAAGCUCCCAGGCAUCCAUGAAUUCACUGCUAUGGGUCUGCUGGACAACAGAAUGAUCGACUACUAUGACAGCACUGUGCAAAAGAAAAUUCCUAAACAAGACUGGAUGAAGGAGCGACUUGAGCAGGAAUACUGGGUUAAAGGAACUCAGUCCCGGCAGAGCAAGCAGCAGUGGUUCAAGGUUAACAUCGACAUCCUGAUGAAUCGGAUGAGACAAACUUCUGCUAAUGAAACUCACGUUCUUCAAUGGAUGCAUGGAUGUGAAGGUGUAGAAGAUGAACAUGGUAACCUCAAGUUUGUGCGUGGUGUGGACAUGUACAACUAUGAUGGAGAUGACUUCCUGGGAUUUGAUGAUGAGCAUCAAGUUUGGGUGGCUGCAGUGGAUGCAGCAGUCCUCACCAAGAGGAAGUGGGAUGAAGUCACAGCUCUGAAAGACUACACCAAGGGUUACCUGGAGAAGGAGUGCAUGGAAUGGAUGAAAACCUUCCUGAGUUAUUCACAAAAACAGCUAAGAAAUGCUUCUCCACCUGAAGUUUUCCUGUUUGCAAGAGAAGCUAAAGAAAAGUCAAACAUUGUUCUGACGUGCCUCGCCACUGGAUUUUAUCCCAAAGACAUCAUUAUGAACAUCAAAAGAAAUGGCCGCAUUCUCACAAUAGAUGAUGGAGUGGUGACCUCUGGAGUUCGACCGAAUGAAGACGACACCCAUCAAAGGAGAGACCAUGUGGAGAUUCUCAGGACUGACGUCGCCAAUUACAGCUGUCAGAUCAUUCAUCCGGGUUCUAGCAUGAACGUUGAGAAGUCAUGGGAUCAUCACGUUCCUGAUGGUGAAAUUCCCAUUAUUACUAUUACUUCUGUGCUUAUGGUCCUGAUUGGUGUUGUCCUAAUCCUAUUAUUAGUGGUGUUCAGAAAAAGAAUUGCUGGCAUCAAAAGGAAAGCUGGAACUGUCCCUGAUGGUAGAAUAAUUACUAAAACGGCUGUUCCUCUCCUGAACGGUGGACAUAAUAAAGUUGGGAUACUCAAUUCAAAUGGCGACAGUUUCGAUUUUGAGAAGCAAACAAAAAAUGCCAAUGGAUCAAUCAGCUCAGACUCUGCUGUUGGUAGUGACACUUCCUCCAACUCCUCAUCUGGAGAAGACGGCGUGACAAAGCCUCUAAUUAUUGAGGUCGAGAUUGAUUCUUCUACAGAUGAUUCAACUCAAUCAAGCAGCUCAGGCUGUUCUGUUGGAACUGAUACAUCCUCUUUGUAGAGUUAUCAAGCAAAUGCACAAAAAAUGACAGACAACUUAACAAAAAGGCAAAAUAAAAGCUUUUAGUCUGUCUCUGUAAGGAAGGUGAUAUAUUUGAAUAAAACAAAUGCACUUUAGGAGCAACUAUAUUUUAGUUAAUUAUCAGUUCAAUUA